CUAGUCUAUAGUGAUCUGUGAAUAUAAUAGUCUGUGUCUCUGUGUUGUGAUCGAAAUUUGAAAAUAAUUUCAAUAAAUCAUAAGUUUAAAUAAUUUUUAAUAGACUAAUAAUACUUUGAAACGAAUUUCUUUAAUAAUUAAAACAGAAGUAUAAUAUAAUUUAUAAUAUUACCAAUUACAAUGAAUGAUAAAAUUGAUUUGUCAACCAUUGAAACUUUAUCAUGCAAGCAACAAGUAGUGAGAGCCGUUCGCUUUAAUAUUGAUGGGGCGUACUGUCUGACUUGUGGUGCUGACAAAAAAAUUAAACUAUGGAACCCUUACAGUAAGUUAUUAUUAAAAACUUAUGGUGGACAUGCGAACGAAGUGCUAGACGCCGCCGGUUCAUGUGACAGCAGUCAUAUUAUAUCAGGAAGCGCCGAUAAAUCUGUUAUUCUAUGGGAUGUGACCACAGGGCAGCCUUUACGAAGAUAUCGUGGCCAUGCAAGUUCCGUAACAUGCAUAAAGUACAAUGAAGAAUCCACAAUGGCUGUCUCCGGGUCCAUAGACAACACAGUUUGUUUUUGGGACGUUAUAAGCAGAAGGCAAGAGCCUGUACAGGUUUUAAAAGAUGCUAAAGACACUAUAACCUCUGUGCAGGUUACUGACCAUGAAGUUUUGACCUCAUCAGUAGACUGUCACACACGUUUGUAUGACUUGAGAGUUGGGAAAAUGUUAUCUGACUACAUUGGACAUGUAGUCACAUUUGCUAGUCUAACACACGAUGGCCAAUGUUACAUAUUGAGUUGUGCAGAUAGUACAAUAAAGUUAUUUGACAAGGACUCCGGGGAACUAUUAAAUACCUUUUCUGGCCAUGACAGUAAAGAUUAUAUGUUAGAAAAUGCAGUAAAUGAAAAAGAUAGUCAUAUCAUAUCUGGAUCAGCGUCCGGAGAAGUCUUUUAUUGGGACUUAGUUUCUAGUACUUGUACACAGAAAUUAGUUCAUAGUAACAAAAAGCCAGUUGUAUCACUAAGCCAUCACCCUACAGAUAAUUAUUUGUUAACAGCCUGUGAAGAUGAAGUCAAACUAUGGGGUGUUCCCAAAAUGGAAGAAUAAAUAAAUUAUAUAGA